AUGGCCGUGCCAACGAAACAAGUGGUCGUUUGGUGGAAUGGGCGGUCUGAGAGAAUGAAAAUCCCUGAGAACUAUUCGCCCGAUUUGGAAGAUCAACGGCACCGUGGAAACGAAACACCCGCGGACGACUUUCACGUUAUCGGCAAGGGUGCACAGGCGGGGGUCAUUGGUGCGAUACUGACUUAUCCGACUGGCGACCGCCGGGUGGCUGCGAAAAGAUAUGUGAUGGCCGAUCUGCGCGGUGAAAAGUCUUAUAGAUGGUUGAUGCGCGAAUUGCAGAAUACACAGUAUCUCGUACAUCCAAAUAUCGUUCAACAUAUGGAGACCUUCUUUGAGGUGGGGCCGGACGACAACGUCAAAUAUACCUGGAUAGUCACGGAACGCAUGGAGCUAACGCUACUCGAACAUUUUACGAGAGUCAAUCAUCCCGAUAGAGUGGAGAGACAACGCAAGCACGGAAAAGUUGCCGCACUGAUGACGCAGAUCUUUAUGGCCCUCGACUUUCUGCACAAUAGAGGAGUUAUGCACAGGGACUUGAACCCGAAGAACAUUGCAAUGGAUCGUGACUUGAACAUCAAGCUCCUCGAUUUUGGUUGUUCAGGCCUGACAAACAGCGAUGGUGAACACACGGGACAUGACGGUGUCGGCACACCUCUGUUCUACAGACCACCUGAAUUAUUGCUUCCUGAUGUUCGGUACGACGCACGCGUUGACGUUUGGGCCGUCGGUUUGAUUGCGUUAGAGAUGCUCGGCAUGCCGCCGUUUUCCGCAAACGGGUUCACUGGCGGUAGCCCGAAUGAAUAUUACCGAUGGGCCCUUAAGGAAAUGAUUAAAGUGCUUGGGCUGCCUGAUCAUCGCCACGAGACAGUUUUCGGCAAACAUUUCUGCAGAGAUGCACCGUGCGCAUCGCGGCUUAUGGAGACAAUUGCUGUCCCUUUAGGGCGCUUGGAUGUUGAUACGAUGCUUAACAAAGAAAAACUCGAAUCUUUACUAUCGGAUAUUUUCAACAUGGACCCCAUGGGACGGCCGACUGCGCGCCAGUGCUUAGAGACCCCCUAUUUGAAGGGAUACCAUGUAAGAUACAAACAGAUACAUGCUGUGAGACAGAACGCGAACGCCGAAGAAACGGAUAGAAGGGACGUGCGGAUUCUGCUCGAAGGUUUUGCAAAAAAACUUCAG